GGAGGCGCCCCGCUCCGCGGAUCGCUCGGUCCUGCAAACGCGCGCCGGGCGCUUUCCCCGGAGGUCGGCGGUGCGUGCGAGCGCCCUUUAAGCAGCAGCCUUGGCGGCGGCGGCCCGAGGCGGCGAAGAGGAGGGGGCCGCGGCCGGGGGGCGGCGUCCCCCCUCAAAAUCGCCUGCAAAGUGCUCGGGGCUGCAGAACCAGGCCGCCGGCUCCGAGGAGCAAGCCGCUCGCUCCGGGGCUGAGAGCGCGCGGGGGUCUGUCGGGCAGCGCCGCGGUUGCUGGUGGGCGCCGGUGCCCUCGGCGCGGGGCUCGGGCUCACCAUGCCCCUGCGGGGCCAGGCCGCCGGGCACAAGCGGAUCCCGGGCUUGCCCCCGCCUCGACGCGCUCGGAUUAGCUGCAGCCGGCGCCCAAGAAUUUGAAUCUGAACCCCGGGAGGGAGUGCGUCUAGGCCGACCUCGGAGUGGCAGCCCCGCGGCCAACAUGCUUCGCAAAGGGUGCUGUGUGGAACUGCUACUUCUGCUGCUGGCCGGGGAGCUGCCCCUGGGUGGCGGCUGCCCGCGGGACUGUGUGUGCUACCCGGCACCCAUGACGGUCAGCUGCCAGGCUCACAACUUCGAUGCCAUCCCUGAGGGCAUCCCAGAGGACAGCGAGCGCAUCUUCCUGCAGAACAACCGCAUCACCCUCCUCCAGCGGGGCCACUUCAGCCCCGCUAUGGUCACCCUGUGGAUCUACUCCAACAACAUCACCUUCAUUGACCCCAGAACCUUUGAGGGCUUCGUGCACCUGGAGGAGCUGGACCUUGGCGACAACCGGCAGCUGCGGACGCUGGCACCUGAGACCUUCCAGGGUCUGGUGAAGCUCCAUGCCCUCUACCUCUAUAAGUGUGGGCUCAGCGCCCUGCCGGCGGGCAUCUUCGGUGGCUUACACAGCCUGCAGUACCUCUACCUGCAGGACAACCACAUUGAGUACCUCCAGGAUGACAUCUUUGUGGACCUGGUCAACCUCAGCCACCUGUUUCUCCAUGGCAACAAGCUGUGGAGCCUGGGCCAGGAUACCUUCCGGGGAUUGGUGAACCUGGACCGGCUGCUGCUGCAUGAGAACCAGCUGCAGUGGGUCCACCACAAGGCUUUCCACGACCUCCGCAGGCUGACCACCCUCUUCCUCUUCAACAACAGUCUCACUGAGCUGCAGGGCGACUGCCUGGCACCCCUGGGGGCCCUGGAGUUCCUCCGGCUCAACGGGAACGCCUGGGACUGUGGCUGCCGGGCGCGCUCCCUGUGGGAAUGGCUGCGGAGGUUCCGAGGCUCCAGCUCCGCCGUUCCCUGCGUGUCCCCCGAGCUGCGGCGUGGCCGGGACCUGAAGCUGCUGAGGGCCGAGGACUUCCGGAACUGCACAGGGCCAGCGUCCCCGCACCAGAUCAAGUCGCACACGCUCACCACCACUGACAGGGCUGCCCGCAAGGAACACCACCCACCCCACGGCCCCGCCAGGGACAAGGGCCACGCACAUGGCCAUCUGCCCGGCUCCCGGCUGGGCCGCAAGAAGCCGGGAAAGAACUGCACCAGCCACAGGAACCGCAACCAGGUCUCGAAGGCGGGCGCCGGGAAGCAGGCCCACGAGCUGCAGGACUACGCCCCCGACUACCAGCACAAGUUCAGCUUUGACAUCAUGCCCACGGCACGGCCCAAGAGGAAGGGCAAGUGUGCCCGCAGGACCCCCAUCCGUGCCCCCAGUGGGGUGCAGCAGGCCUCCUCAGGCAGUUCCCUGGGGGCAUCGCUCCUGGCCUGGAUACUGGGGCUGGCAGUCACUCUCCGCUGAGGGCUCAAGGAGCCAGCACCCAGCACUGCCACAUGUCCACCAAGGAACAGAAUUUCUUUUCUUUUUUUAACAAGUGGAGGAUCUGCUGGGUUUCAGGCAAAGGCUGGUAGAGGCUUUGGCUGCUGUCUGGGCCCUGCCCGGUGGAUUAUAAACCCAAAGUGUACAGCCCCAAGCGGGAGGGAAUUAGCGCAUCUCACCCAGCGUUCCAGCCAGCCCCCGCCGAGCACCCACGGACAGCACCCAUCCAGCAAGGCGGUUCAAGUGCGAAAAGUGAAUCCUUCCUUAGCAGCCAUGGGACAGUGCCCCACGGGAGCCAGGCUAUGUGGAAUGUUGGUCAUCUGGAGAGGUCUGAGGGCCCCCACCACUCCCGGAGGAAGCAGGACCCAGAGGAGAACAGACGAGGCUCCCCCAAGGGGCUGGGCCGACCAGCCGUCUGGGAGCACAUGAGCAGGUGGUAUUUUGGCUCUUGCUUGAGGCCACUUAGUCAACCUGCGCUGAAUCUAGCCGUUUGCCACCUUCAGUCCCUCCCUUGGGGGUAACGCCUCUCAUUCCUGAUGUCUCAGGCAACCCUGGCAGACCCAGGCCCAGCUGCUGGGCUCCAAGAACCAACUACCAAAGGAAAGAUCAUCAGAGGCUGAAAUUGAGAACUUCAUCCUGUUCCAUGAGGUUCUUAGAGGAGGUGCAGUUUUCUAACUACGUCCACUUAUAUAUAUAUAUACACUCUCUACAUAUAUAUAUACACAAAUGCACAGGUCCCCCGCCCCACUCCCUUACAAAACUGUAUGUCUUCUCAUGUUUGUAAACUAUAUGGAAAACUAUAUCUGAUGAACUAAGGAUUGUAUUGGUGAUUCCUAGCAAGAAGAGUUAUAGGAUUUUUGUCUAGAAUCCCAACCUGGCAACAAUAGUCCCCAUGUAACCUGGGCUUGCCAGGGCCUGGGGCAAAGGGUCAGUGGGGAGGGUCAGGGAGAAGGGGAGGCAGCAAGAAUCACUUCAGGGGACCAAUAUUCUUAGCUAUUUAGCGCAUCACCAUGUUUUUAUAUGCAACCCAAGCCUGUCUGCCGCCCCAGAGCACCCCAUCACCCCCACUAUGGUAGCUGUUGGCAUCAGGGUGAGAAGUGAGAAGCUUGUUGGACGUCAGGGAGCCAGGCCCUGGGGACGGGCUGGAUGGAGAAGGUGAAGGAAGGGGCUUUGGGUCUUUUAAGCUGAUGGGCAAGGAGGCAUCCACAGUGUUAGUCCAAUGGGCUGGGCAGUGUCGUCAGCCUAGGGUUUUGCCAGUGAUGGUCUGGACAGGCCAGGGAGACUCUGGGCAUGAGCCCAGGCCUCCAGCAUGGCUCACCUGCUGAAUUUUUCCUUGAGGCUCUUUGAUGGGCAUCCCAGUGAGGGCCUUAUGUAGGGUGGCAGGAGAGAAAGCGUCAGGUGGCCUUAGCAGAAGGGGAACAAAAAGGGAAUUUUCAAGAACCAUCUCAGGCACUUCUGCAUUACGGAGGCCCUGUACCCUCCUGGCUCUUAUGAAGAUGCCCGGGGAUGGGCAGAGGUCAGGGGGCCAGACUCAGGGUCAGGAGCAGGGAUGUGCAGGGAAUGGAGCAGGCAAGCCCAGCCAGGGGACAGGGUCUCCAGUCAAGGUUGGCCAUGCUGCUGGCCAGGGCCCUGGGCGAGCAUAAUCUCCUUUGCGCUUUGCACAAACCUGAAUUCCCCACCAGAGAGGAUGUGUGUGAGGAGCAAGAAACACUGAAUCCAAUUAAGAGAGAAAAAUAAUAAUUAAAAAAAUUUCUCUUGGACAAGUACCCGGUUUCUCAUUUCCUAACCCCGCAUUCCUAAAGGGGUGGCAGAUCCCCGGCUUUUGUUGGGUGGGCGAGCCUGGCCGGGCACAGCGUUGAGAACACAGCACAUUUGUUGGCAGGAGAAGCCAUAGGGGGCAGGGGCACGCUGACUCACAGGGACUCUCGUGCACACACACACACACACACACACACACACACACACACACACUUGUUCUCCGUUCGAUGGUUCUUCCCUCGCCGGCACAGAAUAUGACUCACUUCCCACACUCUGGCUGCGCUGGGGCGGCACUCUCUCUGUGUCUCUCCCCAGAGCAGGCUGGUCCUGGAUCCUUCUCAGCCUGUUCCCAAGAACCUACUGAGCUGUUGAUUUUGGGGGUGCUCAGAGAUGGCUGGAAGGGAACUGCUAGUUCCUGGGGCUCAGAGGGGUUUCCAGGAGGCCAGGGACGGACGCGAACAGCAGUGGGCAGGGUCCUGAGGCUGCACAUGCCUCUUUGGCUUCGGGGAAAGGAGAGCAUUCCUCACGAAGAGGGAGGAGGGCUGUUUUCAGGCCUGGACAAAUCCUCCUCUGGACGAGGCUUGAAACAUGCACUGAAGGGAGCCCGACGAUGGCAGAACAAAUCAUCUUUGGCCUGUGGUUGCUCCCUGAUGGUCCGCCUGUUCUUACCCAGGCCAGUGCCAGGGCCUGGCUGUCCCUUAGAACCAGAGGAUGUUGUUAUGUUGUUGAUUUCAUUUCCAACUUUAGACAGCAAAGCCCUCAGUGGGAAAAUCAAGAGUCCAAGCACUUUAUUAAAUUUUUUUAAAAAAAGACUUGGUAAGUCCUGUAAUAUGGAAGUGGAAUGUCAGCACAAGAAAUGCUAAUGUUUUAUAAACGAUCUGCUUCUGUCGAACGCAGCAUAGUCUCUGGUUGCCGACUGUUAUUAGAGGCAAGACAGAGGGGCCCAGGACGCUAGGUGUAUUUUUAGCAGCUUUCUCCUCUAGGAGGUAGAGAGAAUAAAAGCAGCUCUAUUGUGGAUGACAUCACUUGUCACUCAGCAGCUCGUAUGCUACGCAGUUACAAUGACACCAUUGCCCAAUACAUCAGAGCAAGUUGACAAGUCCGGGACUAAGCAAAGGCCCCUCUACUCACCAGACUCACCACUCUCCUUGGAGGUACAGGGCAGGGAGGUGUGGGUUCCUGCCCCUGGGAAUCCUGAGGCCACCCCUCCUUUGUUCCUGACGGGGCCAGCCCCUCUGCCAUCCUCGCUCAGCAGGUUCCCUAGGCCCCAGGAAGGAGCCAUCUCCUCUUCUCCCUCUCUCCGCUCUGGCCAUCUAGCCCUCUAUUCUAGGGGGUGGCCUUUGGCAGGAGUUGGGUGGCCACUGGUGGUCUCAGAGUCUCUCCACACAAGCUCCUCCCAUGACGCCAGAGCUUGGCUGGCUCCCUACCCUUCAUUCAACAAAUGCUGAUCAAGGGCCUACAUGCGCCAGCCACUGGCCCAGGCUCUGGGGACAUAAAAGUGGGAAGACGUGGCUCUCCUAUAAGGAGCUCAGACCCUAGAUCUGGAAACAAGUAUGAGAUUGAUGAAACCAGUGUGGGAUUGGUGCCUCUGUUAGCGCCCCCCUACAAUGAGAAACUCAGCUGGGGUGGGGGCAGUCAGGAAGGGUUUCCAGGAGAAGAGGACACUCCAUUGGCUCUCACAGGAUGAGGAAGCAGGCAGAGAAAGAGCAUAGGGAGUAUUCCAGGCAGAGGGCUGGAGGCAUGCAAUAGCACUGCGUUUGGGGUAUCAGCAAAGAUCUUCGAGUUGAGGACUGGGAACGCUUUUUGGGGAGGUGUGGGAGGCGAGCCUGGCAAGGGGAAGACCCUGGGGGGAUCCUACUCAGGGACUUGGACUCGACUCUGGGAGUGGAGGCGUGGCCCCCCCACUUGGGGUCCUCUUUCCUACCCUACUCCCCCAGCCUCUAAACACGUGGUCCCCACCCGUGGCACACUUGCCAAUGUUCCUCAACAGUGGGUUUCAUCAUCGCAACUUGCUUCUUUUGCUCAGCCAGAUCCUUUCCUCGUGCCAGCAAGCUGGAGCGCUCUCUGGAAAUCUGCCUGGGCCAGAGGCCCGUUCCCAGACACCUGCUGCUUCUGAGCUCGGAAAGUAUCCUGUAACCGUUUUGUCUCCCGCGCUCCCUCCUUUCCCCUCCACACAGGGCUCAGCCCUCAGCCCCUCUCCUUGCUUCCAAGCACGGCUACCCAGAUACCCCCUCGGCCACCUCCACGUGUACUGCUCUGAGUGCCCAUCAGCCAUCCCCAGAACCCCCCAACUA